AUGCUUCUGACUUGCACAAGAAGCUGCCAGGCACUGGCAUUGCGAGCCAUUUUUUCGUUAUCGUGGGACACAGGAAGUCUUGGCCGGGCUGUUUUUUCCAAGCAUGAAUCUUUGGUGGCAAUCUGCGUUCAAUUUGUGAGUGCAGAGACCGGAAGUCUUGAAGCAAGGUGCUUGGGCACACCUUCCGUAGGUGCACGCCAUGAUGGUGCUCACCAAGCUGAAAUUGUUUUAGAUGCCCUCUCGAGGCACCCUUGUGAGCUGCAGCUUGAAGAGCUGCGUUGCCGGCUAGCGGCAGUGGGCGGAGACGGCGCUAUUACGAAAGGCGGCCCUCGCGCCAAGCACUCAUCAACCCAGUCGGCAGAGAUUCUUUGGCAUCGAGUUAAGGGCAAGCAAACGCCUAUCGCGGUUUGGGGCCUCUUUCACAGAUCAGACCGCGCCCAAGUGGUGGCGGCCGAGAAAAUUCCGAUGAUACAAGAGCUGCUUGACGUGGCAAACGAAUGCAAUAGAUUGUUCGGAGUAAACUCAGGCAAGGUGCUGCUACGGUCAGUAGCUGGUGAGCUGGGUGAGCGUGCCCUGGCAGUUGACACCCUGUCAGGGACACGGAAGCUGGCAUCUUUGGCUGCUGCUCCUGCGAACCUCUACCGCAAUUAUAAGACAUACUUUGCAGGGAUGUUUGUCAGGCUGGAAUAUGCGGACCGUGGCUUUGGCUCCCAAACCAAAAAGAGCUUGACAGAGAUGGGGCGAAGACUAUCUGAGGGCAGCUUCAUUGUCUUCAUGCUUAUCUUUGAGGACAUUUCCCGCUUGGUCCUGUCCCCAUACACAUUGCUAGUGCAAAAGCUUGCUGUGGAGCCGUGGAUCCAAAUGGCCCAUGGACAGCGCUUGUUGCAGUCUCUUCGCCAGAGGCAGGCCCACCUGCGAAAGAUCAGGCCUGUGAUUCCAUGGCCCAACAAAAUGUCUCUCUCUUGCGUUGCAACAUUUCUAGCUCAUGAUUGCAGGCUAAUGUAG